AUGUCGAAGCUAUUUAAACCCCUUCAGAUUGGGAGUAAAACCCUCAAUCAGCGAAUUGCCAUGGCCCCCAUGACCCGCCUUCGCGCUGAUCAGUCACAUCUUCCUCUGCCCUCUGUGAAAGCGUACUAUGGGCAACGUGCAAGUGUUCCAGGGUCCCUUAUUGUCACUGAGGCCACUGUAAUCAGUCCUCGACAUGGAGGAUAUCCCAACGUUCCUGGAAUCUACAGUGACAACCAAGUAGCUGCCUGGAAAGAAGUUACAGAUUCGGUACACAGCAAGGGGUCUUACAUUUAUCUCCAACUCUGGGCUUUGGGCCGUGCCGCAAAUCCUGCCUUCUUGAACCAAGGAGGGCAUCCACUUCUUUCGGCUAGCGACAGUCCGAUGAAAAGUACGUUCAGUGAUGAGAUCCAUCAGCCUCGCUCCAUGACCGAGAGCGAGAUCCACGAUUCUAUCGCAGACUUCCGAAAUGCAGCAAAAAAUGCGAUCAGUGCUGGAUUUGACGGGGUAGAAAUCCAUGGAGCCAAUGGAUAUCUUGUCGAUCAAUUCCUUCAGGACGUUUCGAAUACCCGAACGGACAAAUGGGGCGGAAACGUUGCCAAUCGAUCGAGGUUCGCUGUUGAGGUCACCCGCGCGGUUGCUGCCGAGAUUGGCAAUCAGCGUACUGCAAUCCGCCUAAGUCCAUGGAGCAGAUAUCAAGGAAUGCGCAUGGAAGAUCCCACCCCACAAUUUUCGGAUCUCGUUCGGAAACUGGCUCAGUUCAACCUGUCUUAUCUUCACGUUUGUGAGUCUGAUGCUAAGGACAAAAACGACGGGGAUCUGAAUUGGCUGUUGGAGGCAUAUGGCAAUAGCAGCCCUGUUUUAGUUGCCGGUAACUAUAAUGGAGAUACUGCUAAGACCGCAGUCGACACUACUUAUGCAAAGCAUGACGUGGUUGUUGCUUUUGGUCGCCCAUACAUUGCAAACCCCGACCUGCCUUUCAGGGUCAAGCACGGACUCCCCUUCGCGCAUUUCGACCCGGCAUCCAUGUAUGGGCAAGGAUCUCAGGGCUACAUUGACUAUCCCUUCAGUGAAAAGUUCUCGUCGAGAACGGGCGCAGGUCAAGCCUAG